AUGCAUUGUGUUAAUAUGUUUCCAGCACAAGCCACUAAACGUAAAUAUAGUCCUUAUGCAGGUAGCAAUCUUAAGGCACACAUGACUACUAUUCAUGGUAUUGAAAGAGAAGAUCUAGAUCACCCCAAUUUCAACUAUCUAUUACCAAAGUUAAAAAAUUCUGAGUCAAAUUAUAAACGUUUAUUUAUUAGAGAUGAUAUAUUUAACCAAAUAGUGUGUCAUAAUUGCCCUGUUUACAAAUUGACAUCUAACACUGUGAAUAAUGAUAAUAUAAACAGAUAUUUCCAGAAUGUAGAGCAUGAGCUUCAGGAAAAAGAAGAUUUUAAAAAUACAAUUGGCUUGUCCAAUUAUAAGUUUAUUUGGUCAACAUUGAAUGAGGUUAAUAAUAUGUAUAUUGAUUUAUUUCAAAAAAAUUGUGGUGGGAACUUUUGUGGUAUUCGUAUAGAACAAGUUCGUUGUUUUCCACAUACUUCAGGUGCUAUAUUUGAUACAAUCCGCAAAAAUAUAACAAUUGACAAGGAAGAUACUGAUAUUUGA